CAAAACACAUAAUUAAACGAUUGUUCCAUUGAAAGCUGAAAGUUGCCUUUCAGUCGAUCACACUUUAGUUUCAAGUAGUUUUAUGUAGUUCAGUAGUAGAAAUACACCUGUGCUUAUUACUUGAUAAAGAAUUUCUAAUUUCUCUGCCCUCAAAAAAAUGCAAAUCAUGAGCGUGGCGAAUACAGUUUGUAAUAUAGCUUUUUACGUAAUAUCGGGAUUUUUUAUCUUUAUUAAGUAUUUUAAAGGCUAAAGAAUGGUACAUCAACUGUAUCAUUACAAAAUUGCCAAUGUUGUAGUUUAGCUGCUCAAACAUGUGAAUGUUUUAGAGUUAUAUGCUCAAAUUUGAACAUAUUGUGAAGAGCCAACGACGAGGAAGAGUGUUCGAUACAAUAUUUUAAAGGAUUUCAUCAACCAUUUUCCCCAUGGGACUUUAUUUCAAGAACUCUGAACUAGGAAACGAAACCAAGCACCUGUUUAAGAUAAUCUCGUUUCUCAAUGAAGCGUAUUUUAUCACAGCAAUUACAUUUUUUUGUUAUUGCAUCAAAGAGUCUGCCUCGGAAGUCAAAUUAGAUUCAAUGAAAAUUAAAAAUGCUUUAAAUGAGAGUGGUAUCGUUCCCGAUGUCAUUGAUGUAUUCCCUGAAAAUAUGCUCCAGAUUGAAUAUCAAAACCACAAAGAGGUAUCUUUUGGUAAUUAUUUGUCAUGCUGGGAUGCGAUUGAACAGCCGGUGAAUAUAUCCUACCCGACGGAACCUAAUGCCUAUUAUGCCUUAAUUAUGACAGACCCAGAUUGUUCUUUGAAAGAAAGUCCAACUCACCGAGAAUUGCAGCAUUGGGUUCUUGUUAAUAUUCCCGGGGCGAACUGGACUCAAGGAUUUUGUCUGACAGAAUACAUUGGGAUUCUACGUGACUACGAAUUUGGUGUUCAUCGUUAUGUCUUCCUUUUAUACAAACAACCUGGGAAAUUGAAAUUCACAGAAAGAGUGUUGGACGUUCGGCCCGUCUUAGAGUCGCGGUGUAAAUUUUCCACCAGGAAUUUUGCAAAGAAGUACAAAUUUGGUGACCCCAUUGCCGUCAAUUUUUUCAUGUCGGACUUCGACGGCGACUAGUUCUUAAAGGCACCACCAAUGUUUUAUAAUCAGAGGCAGCUUUCUCUCACAACUGCAACCAGAGGAAGAUUCUCUGUCUCAGAACACUGAACUUGGUAAUUUUUAACCAUACCGGCUCGAAAGUUUUUGAAAAACAGCUAUGACGAGUAAGAAAAUACAAUCAGUACUUAGAAUUGCUCCGAAAAAUGCAUCUACCCUAUCGCCUAAGAAGUUUUAUACACACGGAAAAAAAUAACUGUGCUCGGAUAACCAUCUUGGUUUUGUUAAUUAAAAGUUGGUGCUGUAUACAUGAAAAAAUUGAUAGAAUAACCAACGGCAUUGUAUUGUCCACAACGUCUUUAGGGAAAUCAGUCAUUUUCAAUUAGUUGCUACUAGCUAUUACAAAUCUGUUCACCGAGACAAAAUUGAUGGUAAACUGCUCCAUCAAGUUGACUCAUCGCACCGAAGAGUGCGCUUGCGCUUCACCUAUAUCUUGUAUUUGGUUGAUGCUACUCGGUUAAGUGGGCUCAUUGAACUACAGAAUGCGUUAGUGCAAAUUAUAAACUUGUUGAUAAUGAAGGUCACCAUCUCGGAUGACUCAGUUAAAGUAUUUUGUUAGUAGUCUGCCCCGUCAAUAUUUUACGCUUUGCCAACAUUGAGUCACCAAAGAAAGUAAUCAGAUAUGGGCUGAUUAGGGAAAGUAUGUUGAUAAAUUAUCAAGAAUUCAUAUUCAACCCACCUUGUGCUUUGUGUGACUGAUAAGCGUGUAAUAAUAUGUUCGUGGAACGUACUCCUUUUCCCGUCCCUGGCUUGGGCGACGAUAAAGUCGCCGCAAAACUAUAUGACUUCGCGCAAUUAAUUAUUCUUGACUCUGUUCGGUUUUAAUGAUAAUUAAAGGGCAUUUAUUACAGCAAGUCAGAAACUCGGACGAUGUUAAAUUUUUCACUGAUUUAAAAUAAAAACGGAUUAAAACGAA